AUGGCUGGCCAAAAAAAAUGCUUAUUUCUAGGAUUGCUUGCCUUUUUAUUUGCUAAACUGAGCACUGAAGGCAAAGAAGAUGAAGAAGAGACUUGUAGGUUGCUGGGCAAGUUUGAUUUGAAUGGGUAUGUAGAUGCCAAGAACCAUUCACUUGUUAUUGGAGGGAUGUUUCCUGUUCACUCCAGGAUCAUCCCAGCAAAUGAGUCUGUUUUGGAGCCAGUGUCAGCAAAAUGUGAAGGGUUUAACUUUCGGGGUUUCCGCUGGAUGAAAACCAUGAUCCACACACUCAAGGAGAUUAACGAGAGGAAGGAUAUUUUGCCCAACGUCACUUUGGGCUACCAGAUCUUUGACAACUGUUUCUCCGUCCCCAAGACAAUGGAAGCAGCGCUGGUUUUCCUGACAGGGCAAGAAGAAAACAAGCCCCAUUUCAGAAACAGCACGGGGGCGUAUCUGGCAGGAGUUGUGGGAGCAGGAGGAUCAUCCCUGUCCAUUGCUGCCUCGAGACUUCUAGGGUUGUAUUAUCUCCCUCAGGUGGGUUAUGCCUCUACCUGCUUCUUUCUUAGUGACAAAUACAAAUUUCCUUCUUAUAUCCGAGUAGUGCCCAGUGAUGAAGGCCAGUCAGUGGCCAUGGCAGAACUGAUCACCCACUUUGGUUGGGUGUGGAUAGGCACUGUGGCCAGUGAUGAUGAUUAUGGAAAGUAUGGGGUAAAGAUGUUUAAGCAACAUCUGGAAAGUUACAAAUAUUGCAUUGCAUUCUCUGAAGUCAUUCCCAAAAUCUAUUCCAAGGAGAAAAUCCAGAAAGUGAUUGACACUAUAGAGAAAUCCACAGCUCGAGUCAUUGUGCUCUAUGCCUCUGAUCUUGACCUUGGGCCCUUGGUGAUGGCAAUAGUUCACCACAAUAUCACGGGCAGGACAUGGAUUGCCAGCGAGGCCUGGAUCACCUCAGCUGCCUUGGCAAAGCCUGAAUACUUCCCAUAUUUUGGUGGCACUAUUGGAUUUGCAGUGUCAAGAGCUGAUAUCCCAGGACUGAAAGAAUUUCUUUCUGACAUUCAUCCUGACAAGGACCCAACUGACGUCCUGACCAUUGAAUUCUGGCAAACUGCUUUUAACUGCACUUGGCCCAACAGCAGUGUGCCCUACAAUACUGACCACAGAGUGGAUGUGAUUGGGCAAGGGGACAGAUUGCAGGCCAUGUCUGAUGAAUUCUGUACAGGGCAGGAGAAGCUGGAAGAGCUUCAGAAUACCUACCUGGACGUGUCUCAGCUGAGAAUCACAAACAACGUGAGACAGGCCGUGUAUGCUCUGGCUUAUGCCUUGGAUCGUCUGAGCAGAUGUGAGGAAGGGCAUGGGCCGUAUAUCCCAGGCAACACCUGUGCAUAUAUACCUGACUUUGAACCUUGGCAGUUAAUGUACUAUAUGAAGACACUUAAGUUUACAAGCCAAAAUGGAAGGAAAAUAGAAAUUAAUGACAACGGAGAUGUGGCUGGAUACUAUGAUAUUCUAAACUGGCAAUUAAAUGAUGGUGGAGAGCUCACCUUUGUGAAAGUUGGACGGUUUAUGCAUGUAGGUGAUAAGCAUGAAUUAGUGAUGGAAAAAGGUGCAAUACUAUUCUGGAACACCGAAUUAUCAGAGCUCCCCAACUCUGUGUGUACUGAGGUGUGUCAGCCUGGGACCCGGAAGGGGAUUCGUCAAGGGGAGCCUGUCUGCUGCUUUGACUGCAUCCCGUGUGCAGAAGGAUACGUGUCAGAGGAGCCAGAUCAAAGGGAAUGCACAGAAUGUGGUGAAGACUAUUGGUCAAAUGCACAAAAGAACAAGUGUGUGCUCAAGGAGGUGGAAUUCCUUGCUUAUGACGAGGCCCUGGGAUUCACCCUUGUUACUCUGUCCGUCUUUGGGGCACUGAUGGUCAUGGCCGUGAUGCUUGUGUAUGUGACACACAGACACACUCCUCUUCUCAGUGCCAGUGACCGGCUGCUGAGCUUCCUCAUCCAGGCUUCCCUUGUCAUCACGCUGCUGUCCUCCAUGCUUUUCAUCGGCAAGCCGCACAACUGGUCCUGCGUGACCCGCCAGAUGGCUCUGGCACUGGGCUUUGCUCUCUGCCUGUCUUGCAUUCUUGGAAAGACCACCACACUGUUUUUAGCCUACAGAAUUUCCAAAUCCAAAACCAGACUUCUAUCCAUGCGCCCUCUUUAUCGCAAAACCAUGGUGCUCACCUCAGUUCUCGUGGAGAUUGGCAUCUGCACAGCUUACCUGGUGUGGGAACCUCCCAGGGCAUACAAGAACAUAGAUAACCGGAAUGUCAGGAUCUUUCUGGAAUGUGAUGAAGGGUCUGUAGAAUUCCUGUGCACCAUGUUUGGGCUUGAUGUCUUCCUGGCCUUGCUGUGUUUUCUCACAUCCUUUGUGUCCCGGCAGCUGCCAGAUAAUUACUAUGAAGGAAAGUGCAUCACCUUUGGAAUGCUGGUCUUUUUCAUUGUCUGGAUCUCCUUUGUUCCUGCUUACUUGAGCACUAAGGGCAAGUUCAAAGUGGCAGUGGAGAUCUUUGCCAUCUUGGCAUCGAGCUAUGGAUUACUGGGCUGUCUGUUUCUUCCCAAGUGCUUCAUCAUACUGCUGAGACCCCAGAGGAAUACAGAAGAGACAGUGGGUGGAAGAGUCCCUGCAGUAGACAGGAGCAUCCAGCUGACUUCUGCCUCUGUGAGCAGUGAGCUGAACAACACAACGGUGUCAACUGUUCUGAAUGACUAGGGCUGUGAGGCUCAUGUGUCCCGGGAAACCUUGAUGAUGACACAGCUCCUCAGUCCCCUUUGGGCUGGUGUUGCAGGAGCUGCUGCUGAUCUGGGACAACACUGAGGGCUGGGUUCUGGUGGUGUAGUCUUAGUGUAGUGUUUCAAAUCUCAUACUGUGAAACCUCCUUUAGCAUGAAUUAGAAUACAGUUCCU